AUGGGGAAUGAUCAAAGUGCCUCUCUCGGCGAUAUGAUCUUGGCAACAGUGAAAAAAGGCAAUCCAGAGCUCAGGAAAAAGGUUAUGCCAGCUGUCAUUAUAAGACAAAGGAAACCAUGGCGACGAUCUGACGAUAUAAGGCUUUACCUUGAAUAGCCCGAUAACGGAUGAAGCCAGCCCAUUAUCGGGCUAUUCAAGGGAAAGCCCUAUAUCUUCAUUUGCUGUGAAGACAAUGCAGGAGUCAUUGUAAAUCCUAAAGGAGAAAUGAAAGGCUCAGGUGUCUCUGGCCCAGUCACAAAAGAAUGCGCAGAUCUCUGGCCUAGAGUGUCAUCUAACGCAGGAGCUAUAGUUUAA